AUGGGUAAACGAACAGCCACGGAGACUACUGGCGGAAAAUUUCAAGAAGCUGGCGGGGAGAAGAGUUGGUUCAACGCCUCCCAGCUCUCCAGCUUCAUGAAGCAGGCCCUGUCCCAGGCCCAGAAGUCCAUCGACAGGGUCCUGGACAUCCAGGAAGAGGAGCCGAGCGCCUGGACCGAGACCAUUCCGAUAAGUCCUCCUGUCAGCGGAGGAUGGGAUACAUCGACCUGGGGGUUAAAGUCCAUCACUGAACCUCAGAGUCAACCAGUAGCCUCUCCAAAAGCAAUUACAAAGCCAGUUGGGAGAACUGUGGUAGAUGAAUCUGAAAAUUUCUUCAGUGCCUUUCUGUCUCCAGCAGAUGUUCAGACCAUUCAGACGAGUCCAGUGGUAUCAAAACCACCAGCAAAAUCACAACGGCCAGAAGAAGUGAAAAACACCUUACAGGAAUCAUUGCACACUGGGCAGUCAAGAACAAGCGAAACAACGGAGUCAAAAGUAAAAGACUCUUCUCCAUGUGUGUCCGGGGAAGGUCUGGCAUUAGAUAGUCUGUCACCUAAAACUGAAGGCAGGCAUGAAGAAACUGUUAAUAAAGAAUCUGAUACGCAGGUGUCAGUCAUGCCUCUGAAAGUAUCUGAAAGUGCAAUUAAUGUGAAAACAACCAGGGAAAACAUAUCUAAUAUGUCUACAUCUAAUAUGUCUACACAGUCUCUCACAACAGAAACAAAGGACAUGGCUUUGGAACCUAAGGAGCAAAAACAUGAAGACAGACAGAGUAAUACACCUUCUCCUCUUGUUAGCACCUUCUCAUCAGGUACUUCUACCACCAGUGAUAUUGAAGUUUUAGAUCAUGACAGCGUAAUAAGCGAGAGCUCAGCAAGUUCAAGACAAGAGAUGACAGAUUCAAAAUCAAGUCUUCACUUGAUGCAAACAUCUUUUCAGCUUCUCUCAGCAUCUGCUUGUCCUGAGUAUAAUUGUUUAGAUGAUUUCCAAAAACUCACUGAGAGCUGUUGCUCAUCUAAAGAUGCUUUUGAAAGAAUAGACUCCUUUAGUGUACAGUCAUUAGAUAGCCGUAGUGUAAGUGAAAUCAAUUCAGAUGAAUUCUCAGGCAAAAGAUAUGCUUUAGUACCUAUUGUUAACCCUUCAACUCCAAAGACUAAAAUAGUUGAAUCUGUUGAAGGAAAAUCUGAAGAAGCAAAUAAAACAUUAAUUAUACCAACUGAAGAACAAAUGGAAGAAAGUAGAUGAAGUACAACUCCUGUUAACUGUGAACAGCCUGAUACCUUGGUUUCUUCACCAAUAAAUGAAGGACAUACUGUCUUAGACAAGUAGACCGGGCAGUGUGAAGGUGCUGAAAGUCAGCCAGAGGCACUUUCUGAGAAGGAAGAUGUUUGUAAGAAAGUUGAAUUUCUGAAUGAGAAACUGGAUAAAAGGAAGGCUCAGUUAUUAUCUCUUAGUAAAGAAAAAGCACUUCUAGAAGAGGCCUAUGAUAAUCUGAAAGAUGAAAUGUUCAGAGUGAAAGAAGAAAGUAUCAGCAUUUCUUCUUUGAAAGAUGAGUUUACUCAAAGGAUUGCAGAAGCAGAAAAGAAAGUUCAGCUAGCCUGCAAAGAGAGAGAUGCUGCUAAAAAGGAAAUCAAAAGUAUAAAAGAAGAACUUGCCACUAGAUUAAACAGUAGUGAAACUGGAGACCUUUUGAAAGAGAAAGAUGAACAGAUCCUAGGAUUGAUGGAAGAAGGAGAAAAACUUUCAAAACAGCAACUGCAUAAUUCUAACAUCAUUAAGAAAUUAAGAGCUAAAGACAAAGAGAAUGAAAAUAUUAUUAUGAAGCUGAACAAAAAAGUAAAAGAUCUAGAAGAAGAAUUGCAGCAUUUAAAACAGGCCCCCAAUGGCAAAGAAGAGGUUGAGAAACAACAUAGAGAAAAUAUUAAAAAAUUAAAUUCUGUGGUUGAACGCCAAGAGAAGGAUCUUGGCCAACUUCAAGCAGACAUGGAUGAACUUGAAGAAAAGAGUGAGGCACAGGAGGCUGCCCUGAGUCGUGAAAUGAAGGCUAAGGAAGAGCUGGCUGCCACCCCAGAGAAGGCCCAAGAGGCCGCCUGUCAGCAGCAAGAAAUGUUAGCAAUUCAAGUGGGGGACCUUCGGCUGGCACGACAAUGUGCAGAACAAGCAGCUGCCAGAAAAGAGGAUUAUUUACGCCAUGAGAUCAGCAAACUUCAGCAGAGACUCCAGGAAGCAGAGAAUCAAAACCAAGAACUGAGUCAAAGUGUUUCAUCAACAACAAGACCAUUGCUUUGACAGACGGAAAAUUUGCAAGCAACUCGAGGGUCUCAGACAUUGUCAUGGGAGAAGUUAGAGAAGAAUCUUUCUGAGAGGCUUGGUGAAUCCCAGACCUUGCUGGCAGCAGCAGUUGAAAGAGAACGUGCAGCCACAGAAGAACUCCUUGCCAACAAAAUUCAGAUGUCCUCCAUGGAGUCACAGAAUCUCUUAAGACAGGAAAACAGUAGAUUUCAGGCCCACCUAGAAUCAGAGAAAAAUAAGCUAAGAAAACUGGAGGAUGAAAAUAAUAGGUACCGGGUUAAAUUAGAAAACCUAAAAGAUGAAUAUGUAAGAACACUUGAAGAGACAAAGAAAGAAAAGACACUAUUGAACAGUCAGUUAGAAAUGGAGAAAAUGAAAGUUGAACAAGAAAGGAAGAAAGCAAUCUUCACUCAAGAAGCAAUGAAAGAGAAGGAACAGAAGCCAUUUUCUUUCUCUAGCACUCCUACAAUUUCACGCUUAAGCUCCGUAAGUGGAGUUGACAUGGCAGGACUACAAACAUCUUUUCUAUCUCAGGAUGAGCCUCAUGAUCACUCAUUUGGACCAAUGUCUGUCUCAGCAAAUGGAAGCAAUCUUUAUGAUGCUGUAAGGAUAGGAGCAGGGUCAAGCAUUGUUGAAAAUCUACAGUCUCAGCUAAAGCUAAGGGAAGGAGAAAUUACUCAUUUACAGGUAGAAAUUGGCAGUCUAGAAAAAACACGUUCAAUAAUGGCUGAAGAGCUAGUUAAAUUAACAAAUCAAAAUGAUGACCUUGAAGAGAAAGUAAAGGAAGUACCCAAACUUAGAACUCAGCUAAGAGAUUUGGAUCAGAGGUACAACACCAUUCUGCAGAUGUAUGGGGAAAAAGCAGAAGAAGCCAAAGAACCCCGCUUAGAUCUUGAAGAUGCAAAAAAUAUGUAUAAGACCCAAAUAGAUGAACUUCUACGACAAAGGCUCAGUUAACUUCUAAAAAUUACAUUCCCAUCAAUCUGAAUGUAAACAUUUCGUAUUUA